UCGUACCUGUCAGAGCGGACGUCUCUCCAGCUUCCUCUGUCCACUCUUCUCCUGCUGCUGCCUGCUAGCGCCUCACCUAGUCCGCCUUCCCGCUGCCGCCAUGCUGUCCUCUCGCACCCCGCUGUCCCCUGUCACCGACCAGCAGCAACUUCACCUUUCCCCCCUAAAGGCACUCCAGCUUACAGAUAAGGAGAACACGCCUCCGUCCCUGAAUAGCACUCGAAUUCUGGCCAGUAAGGCGGCGAGAAAGAUUUUUCAGGAGCCCACGGAGCCGGUAAAAAAUGGGCCAGCCCACCCAAGCAAGGAAGAUGAACCACUCCUGAGGGAGAAUCCUAGGCGCUUUGUCAUCUUCCCCAUUGAGUACCAUGACAUUUGGCACAUGUAUAAGAAAGCAGAGGCCUCCUUCUGGACAGCUGAGGAGGUGGAUCUUUCUAAGGAUAUUCAGCACUGGGAAACUUUGAAGUCUGAGGAGAAAUACUUCAUAUCUCAUGUGUUAGCUUUCUUCGCAGCAAGUGAUGGCAUAGUAAAUGAAAAUUUGGUGGAGCGGUUUAGCCAAGAAGUACAGGUAACAGAAGCCCGCUGCUUCUAUGGCUUCCAAAUUGCAAUGGAAAACAUACAUUCUGAAAUGUAUAGUCUCCUUAUUGACACAUAUAUUAAGGACCCCAAAGAAAGGGAAUUUCUCUUCAAUGCCAUUGAAACACUACCUUGUGUUAAAAAGAAAGCUGACUGGGCCUUACGAUGGAUUGGGGACAAAGAAGCAACAUACGGUGAACGUGUUGUAGCUUUUGCAGCAGUUGAAGGAAUCUUCUUUUCUGGCUCUUUUGCAUCCAUAUUCUGGCUCAAGAAACGAGGUUUAAUGCCUGGAUUAACUUUUUCAAAUGAACUUAUUAGCAGAGAUGAGGGCUUACAUUGUGAUUUUGCCUGCUUAAUGUUCAAACACCUGGUGCACAAGCCUUCAGAGGAAAAAGUAAAAGAAAUUAUCGUCAAUGCUGUUAGAAUAGAACAGGAGUUCUUGACUGAAGCUUUGCCUGUAAAGUUGAUUGGAAUGAAUUGCACUUUAAUGAAGCAAUACAUUGAAUUUGUAGCAGACAGACUUAUGUUGGAACUAGGUUUUAGCAAGAUUUUUAGAGCAGAAAAUCCAUUUGAUUUUAUGGAGAAUAUCUCAUUGGAAGGGAAAACUAACUUCUUUGAGAAGAGAGUAGGAGAAUAUCAGAGAAUGGGAGUGAUGUCAAGUCCAACUGAGAAUUCUUUUACCUUGGAUGCAGACUUCUAGAUGAACUGAAGACUUGCAGUGAUUUGACUUUUUUUUGCCCCACCAGGAAAAUCUGAAACUUUUAAUGCUACACAGUAAAAUGACUGUACUAAGAAAUGGCCGUUAUUGGCAUUUGAGACUGUUGUGUAGCUACCUCAGAAAAUCUUGUUUAAAGUUGCAAGUGGUGUUGCUUGGGGUGCCCUGGUACUUGACAUAAGCUACUCAGAUUUUUGUGAAAGAUCUGAAAAUGAAAGUGUUAAUGCUUUUGCAAGGAGACUGAUUUUAGAUGUCUUUCUGUAGCUUUAAUGUCUUAGCCUAUUUGGCUUUAGAAUGGGGAAGACUCCCUUAUGCUAGUUUAAUGCAACAAGAUUGAACCCUUGGUUUCUAGGCAGUUCCAUCCAUAGUUGGAAAAUGGCAGGCCUCACUGCUUGCUGCAAAGCAAGUUUUAAAAAGUUUACUUUAUUCUUUUUUAAAUAGUUUGUACAUAAAGCUGGCACUUUACAUAAAAAUA